UCUCUCCUCGUGGCGUUCGGUUCUCGGCUCCACCCUUCUUAAGCGCCCUCCCUCGCCAGCCUCUGUGCUUCGACGGAUCUCCGCUGAACUCCUAGAUCAGAUUUCCUGCAGUAUAUUUUACCAAUAUUUUCCUCCAGUGCAGUUGGGUUGAUAGUUGCUUGGGGCGUCAUAUUCGUUCAAAAUGGUUGUUCUUGCUGCUUCUAUCAUAACCAAGUCUGGAAAAGUGUUGGUUUCAAGGCAGUUUGUGGACAUGUCUCGAAUAAGGAUAGAAGGAUUACUAGCUGCCUUCCCAAAGUUAGUGGGAACCGGAAAGCAACAUACUUUUGUUGAGACUGAAAAUGUGCGCUAUGUGUACCAACCAAUAGAAGCACUAUAUCUGCUACUAGUUACAAAUAAACAGAGUAACAUUCUUGAAGAUCUGGACACAUUGAGACUCCUAUCCAAACUUGUGCCUGAAUAUUCACCCUCAUUAGAUGAAGAGGGAAUAGGUAAGAUGGCUUUUGAGUUGAUUUUUGCUUUUGAUGAAGCCAUCUCAUUGGGGCACAAAGAAAAUUUGAAUGUUGCACAAGUUAAACAGUAUUGUGAGAUGGAGAGUCAUGAAGAAAGAUUACAUAAGUUGGUCCUGCAAAGCAAAAUCAAUGAGACUAAGGAUGUCAUGAAGCGAAAAGCUAGUGAGAUUGACAAAAGCAAGAUUGAAAAGAACAAAGGCGACAAAGGAGGAUUUAUGGCUUUGUCUGGCCCUCGAAGAAUUGAGAGUAGCUUCAGUGAUAUGAGUAUUUCGAAUACUGGAAGUGGCUUUGGCAGUGGUUCUGGAAUUGGAUUAAGCACUGACAUAGAAUCCUUAACUAGCAAGCCCAAAGGUCGUCCAUCUGCAUCUGCUACUGCUCCCCCCAAAGGCCUUGGUAUGAAGUUAGGCAAAACACAAAGGACAAACCAGUUUUUGGAAUCAUUAAAAGCUGAAGGGGAAGUAAUUCUUGAGGAUGUGCAGCCAAUUGCUGCACAAUCGAAGCCAUCUCUUCCACCAACUGAUCCCAUCACAUUGACCAUUGAAGAGAGAUUGAAUGUUGUAAUUAGGAGAGAUGGCGGUCUUAAUAACUUUGAUAUCCAAGGAACUCUUUCCCUUCAAAUUCUUAACCAAGAAGAUGGAUUUGUCCAGUUUCAGAUUGAAAACCAAGAUGUUCAUGGCCUCAGCUUCAAAACCCAUCCUAACAUCAACAAAGAGUUGUUCAAUAGCAAGCACAUUAUAGGCUUGAAAGAUCCUAACAGGCCAUUCCCUACUGGUCAAAAUGAUGUUGGCCUUAUGAAGUGGAGAAUUCAGGGCAUGGAUGAAGCCUCUUUGCCGCUAACUGUCAACUGCUGGCCCUCUGUUUCCAGCGGUGAAACUUUUGUGAACAUAGAGUAUGAAGCAUCAGAGAUGUUUGACUUAAAGAAUGUUGUCAUCUCCAUACCUCUCCCUGCGCUAAGGGAGCCACCAAAUGUAAGCCAGAUAGAUGGAGAAUGGAAGUAUGACUCAAGAAAUUCCACAUUAGAGUGGUCCAUUCUUCUUAUUGAUCAUUCCAAUCGCAGUGGAUCAAUGGAGUUUGUUGUGCCUCCAGCUGAUUCGUCAUUAUUUUUCCCUAUUGCUAUUAGCUUUACUGCUGCAAGCACAUAUAGCGAUGUUAAGGUUGUAAAUCUCAUGCCACUCAGAGGUAAUGCUCCUCCAAAGUACUCGCAGAGGAUUCAGCUGAUCACCGACACAUACCAAGUGAUUUAAAUAAUGAUGGAAAUGGUGGCCAUCAUGAGAAGCUCAUUUUGCUAGAUUCAAUAUCUCAUCACAGAGGGACAUUUUAAUUUUGUUAUUCAUAAAUUUUUGCUAUACAACUGCUGCUGCAACUAGACUAAACUCAGUUUGAAUUUUGUUUUCUCCAUUGUUCCUUUUAAUUGAUGGAUCAUGCGGAAAUGUUUUAUUCUUCA